AAACAGUAUCAAUGAUCCGUGUGUGGAGUGGGUAAGUCUGUGACGUGACGUGAUAUGAUGAGUGAGUAAUAAUAAUACACAGUUACACACAAGAACACAAAAGCGUGUAACACACACGGAAAUUUAGGGAAUUGAAUUCUGCUUCUCCUUCUCCGUUAUCGCCGCUUCGAUUUCACGGUUUAUCAACAACUGGAUCUGCACUUCAGUGUUGCAAUUCUGUAUUCUGCCGGACUCUGGAGAAUCUAUACAUCCACCCUUUCAACUUGCUUCUAGGCCUGAUUUUUUGUUUUUGUUUUGCUAGAGGUCUAUACUUUGAGUUAUAUUUGAAGAAAAAACAUGUUUUAUGUGCGUGGUUGUAUUUUGGUUGAAAGGUGUGCCGGUUUUUGGUUUCGUAGUUCUCAAUGCAGAAGCAUUGUGAACUCAGUUAAAUAAAUCUUAUUGAAACAGAAUGAGCCAAUAAUCUGGAAGUUCAAAUUGUAUGUUUGAAUCUAAAGACAAAACUGAUCAGAUGGCUAAGGAAAAUGAGUUAGGUAUGACAAAGGAAGUUAGUGAUGAUGGUUCCUCGAGUGUCGAGGCUGGGGAUUUAGAAUCUCAUUCUCGACUUAGUCUGGAGAGGGAGAUGGGCUUACCGAGUUGUCGAGUGUGCCAGUGUGCUGAGUCUGAUAAACGGGGAGAUGCUGCUCUAGGAUUUUUGGGCAUUACCCCAGUAAUAGAAAGGAAGAGGGAAGUAAAGUCUGAUGGCGAGGGAAUUCCAAAACAUACGACUCUUCACAAAAACUUAGAAAGCAGACCUGGGAUGAUGGAAUUUGUAAGCCCUGAUGGGGAGGUUUUCGUCUGUAAGAAUGAUUUGGAAAUUGGUUUGUCUUAUGAAGAUACGUUAAUUGAACUUGGUUGUUGUUGUAAAAAUGACCUUGGUUUAGUACAUUAUGCUUGUGCGCUCAAGUGGUUUAUCAACCAUGGAUCUACCAUCUGUGAAAUAUGUGGACAUAUAGCAAAUAAUAUCAGGAUAUCUGAUUUCAACAAGGUUGUUGGUUCUAUAAAAGAGUACGAAGCAUUGAGGGAAAGAACUGUCAAUGGAGAUCCUGGUCCUAAUCAAGAUCAACCAAAUACUGGUGUCGAUCCUGAUGCUGUGGCUGCUAUCCGGAGGCAACGAUUAAGUGAAAUUGCACUAUGGUUUUGUCCUCAUAAUAGCAAUAACAUUAACAACAAUAGCAAUGUGGACACGCUUUCACAGGUUGUUUCUGAGCAGGCUUUGAAUAUUGUCCACGAAGAAGCUGGCCCUGAACAGAAUACUGCAACUAAGUGGGCCGUAGAAGGUACAGGGAUCCUGCUUGCUACAGGGCUUCUUACCAUCACCCUUGCAUGGCUUAUAGCUCCUCGUGUUGGGAAGAAAACUGCAAGAAGUGGUCUUCAUAUCCUGCUUGGAGGGAUUUGUGCUUUAACAGUGGUGAUUUUUUUCCGCUUUUUUGUGCUUACCAGAAUCAAGUAUGGACCUGCACGUUAUUGGGCAAUAUUGUUUGUUUUCUGGUUUCUUGUUUUUGGAAUAUGGGCUUCUCGGACGCACAGUGCCCAUACAACGUGAUCCCUUGGUACAAAGCUUUAUCAUAUUUGUUUAGUUCUAUCUUCCUAUCAGCCCUCCCCUCCCCUCCCAUCUGUUUGCACUUCAGUUUUAUUUCCUUGCUAUCUUAAAUUUUGAGGUAAUAGAUAUUCAGUUAUUCACUAUGAAACUUCUACAGAGUUAUCGGAUAGAUCCUCGUAUUUGUGCAAUGUAAAAUAACACUUGUGUGUUCCUUAGCUUAGAUUUUAGGUCGUACACAGUACACACACUCAUAAAUGGCUAAACAUGUGUAUACACUACUCUGUAAGUACGAUCAUGAAAAAUAUCCAGACCCAAUUGGUCAAAUGAGUAGCAAUGUAUCACUUGCCAUUUGCCAAUGGGACAGCCGUCACGAUACUGUGGCUGGGGUCAGUGAGUUACAGAUCAACUACAAUGAUAAAUUUUAUGGCAUUCAAUGAUAUCUAAUAUGUGAUAUCCAAUGGACGGCAGCUAAAGUGUACAUUUGAUAAGAUUUGUUUUGAAUAUUGAUAUACCAAUGUACAAAAUAUAUAUAAAUUGUUACGUGGUGAAAGUGAGUGUAAAUUGUGAAUAUUCACAUGCCGGCGACACCUGUCAAAAGUAUUUGCACUUGCUUAUGCUAUGGCGUGGGUUCCAAGUGAAUUCUAUGUGCUCAAUGAUUAUUUAUGCAUC